AUGGGAUCUUUCAAAGGCCUAUACUACACAUUCGGUGCUCUAGGCACCAGUAGUGCAGUCUAUCUCUUAUCUCGCCGCAAACAACCCUCGCCACCCACAAUCACUCUCCACGGCGCAGAGAACUGCAGGUACAUCCUCGACAACUCGCACUCACACACCUUCUCCCUACCCGACGGCCGUACACUCGGUUACGCAGACUACGGCGACCCAAAAGGCAAGCCGAUUUUGUACCAGCAUGGUCUUCCUGGGAGUCGCAUCGAGGCCACGCGAUAUCAUGAUCUGGGAAAAGAGUUGGGACUCAGGAUUAUUAGCAUUGACCGCCCGGGGCAUGGAUGGAGUAGUUCGUUUGAGAAGUUUGGCGUGAGGACAGUGAAGAGCUGGGCAGAGGAUAUCAAUGAGCUUACGGAGGGAUUGGGGCUCAGUGAGUAUGCGGUGAUGGGCGUCUCCGGUGGCGGCCCGUACGCGCUCUCGCUCGCGCACGGCCUUCCCGCCUCAAAGCUGAAAGUCGUAAGUUUGAUCUGCGGCAUCGGGCCCCCAGAUAUUGGCAUGUCCGGCGCCGGAUGGCCCACCUUUCUAGGCUUCAGCGUCGGCUGGCGCUAUUCGCCUCAAAUCUUUCUGCGGUGGUUCUCCCAGCUAGACAACGCCAACAGCCUCGAGCUCUCCGACGAAGAGCGUCUGCGUCUCUUUCUAUCUCCGGACCGCAUAAAGGGCAUGAGCGACUCCGAUAAAGCGUUCUUCAGCGACGAGGACGAGAUGCGCGCCUAUCUUGCUACUUCGAGAGCGAGCUAUGAGCAGGGCUUUGAUGCCAUGUGUAAGGAUGGGUAUACGAUGUGUACGGAUUGGGGGUUCAGGAUUGAGGAUGUUCGAAAGGAUCUGCCGGUUGUGUUGUGGUAUGGGAGUCAGGACAAGAACGUGCCGCCAAAUCAUGGCAGGACGAUUGCGGGGAGACUGAGGACGGAUAGUGAGCAGACUGAUGGCGAGGUGACGAACAAGGGACCGAUGGAAUGGAAGGAGAGAGUGAGGCUGAGGAUGCUGGACGAUACGCAUGCGAGUAUCAGCAUGCGGGAUAAGCGAGGGUACUUGAUGGACAUCCUGAAUGCGUGGGGAAAGUAA